CCGAUCAAGCAUAUUCUUUUUUUCUUGAACCACCAUGUCAACGACGACGACCGUCGUGGCAAACACCGCAGAAGUCGCUCUAGGCCUUUCUGUACCUCCUUUCACGCCACAUGCCAUUUCUGUUUCUUUACCUACAUGGCGAGACAAUGUUGGAUAUGAGGAGGGCGAAAAACGAGUCGUAGACCAGAUGGUCUCUGGAUACCCUAGAUUUUUCGUUCACUUGAGUAUCAGAAAGCUCGCUGGCAUAUGCGAACGCAAAUUUGGCGCCGCUGGUGAAUCAUGCAUGCUUUUCCCUACACAUAAAACGGCAGAACAUUGUCGCGCCUUCAUCCAGGCACGUUCGGCUCUCGAGGGAUCUCCCGUAUCUGCUCGGUUGAUUCAGUUCAUGAUAUGUCCAGAAGACAACAUCGAUGCAGAACCCACCGGAAAAUGUGCUGAUCUUCACAUCGUGCUCUACCCAUCCUCCGCUGGACCCUUGGCCAAACAGUUUUGGCAGCACACAGGCUUGGGUAUUUCCAGCCGAUUGGCUGAUUACUGUCUCUCCAUUCUCCCAGCGACGUCGCCAGAGCGCGCAUCCUCGCCUACCUUGACUCGACCUGGGAAAGCCAUGAACAGACACUAUUCUGCCAAAGGGUUUUCCAAGCCCAAGGCCCCUCAAGUGGAGAACCUGAGCCAGGAUCACAGCGUAUACUUGGAAGAAAGAUAUGGACGCAAUCUUCCUUUUGCAUAUGCCGCAUCAGCGAAGAGGGCCCUUCGGAGGCGGAUAUCUGGUGUCCUCCGAGAUGCACCUUCCGAUCAUCACGAUGAACCAACUGCUGGACAGGAAAACCUCAUUUUUGGACCUAGCGCACGAGGAGUAUCAGAGGUUACAGAAGGAGACGUAUUCUUGUAUCCUACAGGCAUGUCUGCCAUUUGGAAUGCACAUAUGCUAGCUCUAGCGGUUAGACCAAACGCUAAGAGUGUCUGCUUCGGGUUCCCUUAUGCCGAUACCCUUAAAGUCCUAGAAAAAUGGGGCCCCGGAUGUCACUUCUUUGGCCACGGACUCAACUCAGAUUUAGAUGCCCUUGAGGCCAUUCUAGAGGAAGAAGCGAAUCGUGAUCCCUCCAAGCCUCCUGUUCUAUCACUCUUCACAGAAUUUCCAUCCAAUCCGCUACUUCGCUCAGCCGACCUACCGCGAAUCCACGCGUUAGCCAACAAGUACGACUUCUUGGUCGUCGUUGACGAGACGAUCGGCAAUUUCAUGAACGUGGAAGUCCUCACCUACGCAGACAUCGUCGUCAGUAGUUUGACCAAAAUCUUCAGCGGCGCUGCGAAUGUGAUGGGUGGAAGUCUCACAUUAAAUCCGCGCGGACGUCAUUACGCUGCCCUCAAAGCAUAUCUAGAUGCCACCUACGAAGAUAUCUACUUCGAGCAAGACGCUGUGUUUUUGGAACGCAAUUCGCGCGACUCCUUGAGAAGAAUCAGGGUUAUUGAUGAAAACACAGAAGCUGUGUGCGAUUUUCUUCGCGCACGAUCCAUCGCAGGUGGUGCCCCAGAAGGCACAUGCGUUGUGAAGGAGGUUUAUUAUCCCAAGUACAUCACUCGCGAGCAGUAUGACAAGUGUCGUAUCAAGGGCGACCAACCUGGCGGCUAUGGAGGGCUUUUUUCUGUGACGUUCACAACACUAGAAGCGUCUCGGGCUUUUUUUGACACGCUGCCAUUCUACAAGGGUCCAAGCCUGGGAACAAACUUUACGCUGGCCAGUCCCUACGUGGUUCUAGCUCACUAUGCCGAGUUGGAUUGGGUGGAGGAGUAUGGCGUGGAUCCUGGCCUGGUCAGGAUUAGCGUGGGACUAGAGGAUAAGCAACACCUGCUUGAGUCGAUUGGCAAGGCCUUGAAGGCAGCCGAGGAGACUUUGAAGUCUACAUGAUGAUGAUGACGAUUUUGGUUGCAUUUACUGAUUUACAUGAUCCUCCAACAGGACAUAUUUUAUUUAGACAUUUAGGCAUUGUAUCCAACUACAACACAACCCGUAUGUAUCAAUAACCAACGUUCAAUAUAUACUGAAAAAAUACGAAAGAGUAAUCUCAAUGAAGGCGGCGCUCGUGCUGAUUAAUCCGGUGACGUACUGCUAAGAUAAUAUUCUUAAAC